CAGCAAAAAGUAAAAAGCAAAAAGGCAAGAAAAAUAAUGAGUUUAAUAUUAGGGUUUCACAUUCACCAUGUCUGCUUUGCCUCCCAAUUCCCCCUCCAUCACUUGAAAUCAUCUUCUUCCCAUGGUGCUGGUGGCCCUCGCCCUCUGCCUCUCACUGUCCAUUAUAAGUUCCAGGAAAAACAUGUACUAACCUUCAAUUCUCAAAGAACAAUCAAGUCGUGGGAGUCUCUCCUAAGAGCUGCUUCACUUAGCGGUUCCGGUGCUGAAUAUUCCGAGCAAUUGUUGGGAACCGAGAAGGAGCAACGAAAACAGAGGGUGGCUGGGAUCGAUGAAAAUGAAUUGUUGGAUCCACAUGCUUUAGCUGAUCCAGACAGUUGCUUUUUUGAGUUUAAGGGGGUUCAGAUACACCACAAAAUAUGCGAGGCCCCAGAUCAAACUGAACACUCGUUACAAGAACAGGCACCUUCCCAACUUAACUACCAAAAUAAAAGAAUUUCCCUUCCAAUUAUUUUACUGCAUGGGUUUGGAGCCUCGGUGUUCUCUUGGGAUCGAGUUAUGAAGCCGUUGGCAUCUCUCAUUCGUUCGAAAGUUCUUGCUUUUGACAGGCCUGCCUUUGGGUUGACAUCCAGGGUGAGUUAUUUUGAACGCCCAAGCACCGGUGGUGAUGACAUGAAACUUUUGAAUCCAUACUCCAUGGCAUUUUCUGUGCUAGCUACCCUGUCUUUCAUUGACCUUUUAGCUGCAGAGAAGGCAAUCUUAAUGGGGCACUCAGCCGGUUCUCUUGUAGCAGUUAAUACAUACUUUGAAGCUCCUGAGCGAGUUGCUGCUCUGAUCCUUGUUGCCCCAGCCAUUCUGAGCCCAAAUGUUCUACCCAAAAUUAUCAAAGGAAAUCAAAUGAAACGAGAGAACCAGAUUGAUGGUGGAAACUCCAAUUUCUAUGAUGGAGACAAUCCAUUUAUCAGAAUUGGGAAGACUUUGUCAAAGUUUGGCAUGGUCAUUGUGCAAAGAAUAAUGCAAAUACUCAAAGGGAUGGUUGGUAUGAUUAGCUCUCUGUAUAAGAAAGCCUUGACAGCAAUUCUACGUUCAGCCUUUGCAGUAAUGCUGGUUAGGAUGGUAAUUGAUAAAUUUGGUAUAGCUGCCAUUCGGAAUGCGUGGUAUGAUGCAAAUCAAAUUACAACUCAUGUUCUAAAUGGUUAUACAAAGCCAUUACGAGUCAAGGGUUGGGACAGGGCUCUUGUGGAAUACACGGUAGCCAUGCUUACUGAUUCUGCAUCUGAAUCAAAGCCCCCACUAGAAAAAAGACUCAAUGAGAUCUCCUGCCCAGUGCUUAUUGUCACGGGAGAUAGUGAUCGAAUUGUCCCUGCCUGGAAUGCCAAGAAGUUGUCACAAGCGAUACCUGGAUCUUGUCUUGAAGUGAUCAAGAACUGUGGUCACUUACCUCAUGAAGAAAGGGUGGAGGAAUUUGUUUCAAUUGUUGAGAAAUUCCUGAGAACAGUUUUUGGUGCUCCAGAGGAGCAGCUUCUACAAGCAGCUAUUUGAAGCAAAUACAACAUGAUAGGCUCUUAGCAUAGGAUUUCUACUACUGUGUUUCGCCAUCAAAUCCGAAGUUUAUGAUAUAUUUAAUGAUAUAAAAUAUAGUAGUCUUCACAUAAUAAAUAUUAACUUUUGUACCCUGGAAUGUUUAUAAUAGACUUUAUACUUUAAGCUA